UAGAGGCAGACUGAUAGCUGAACGCACAGCUGUGAAACCAGUUAGUUUGGAAACCAGUCGGGACAUAACACCGGGACCACGUUAUUCGUCGCCAGUAAAGGAACCAAACUCAAAUCGGAGUCCCAAGAAAAUGGAGCCACAAUCAAAAAAGAAGAGAGAAUUUGAACGUGACAUUGAUUUAUGGGUUGCUUACCCAGUUCUAUCUGAGGAGCAGUCACAAGAUCCUGAACUGAUCGAGGCUUUUGCUGCUCCCAUACUUGACAAGAAAUACACAUCUAGUUUGAUAAAGGAGCUGUCUUCACUGUACCCUUUGCAAGGACUUCAGCAUAUUAAGAGAGUGCGGGCUAGUAAAAGCAGCUCUCACUCUCUAGAAGUCCUGUUAUGCCUUGUUGGCGAUGUAUCGGACAGUAGGAAGAAGAUGGACAUAUCAGCUUUGUUGCCAGCAGAAAGAUUUAGGUAUGAUUCUUUAGGGGACCCUUUCCUAGUCAGGGUACCAGUAUGUGCUCCUUUAACAAGAAAUCAGUUUGAGCAAGUUGGCAAGCAUUGGCCCACCUCCUUCCAUGAAGACAAACUGAUAACUUUGGCUCUGAAAGGACAGCUUUUCACAGAUGCACAGAAAAUAAGAAUGCAUGCACACAUGGUAGUUGCAGUUGCAGCUGCCAAAAUUGCACAGGAGAGUGGCAUGGAGGCUGUGGGGGCUGUACUGGUUGAUCGUGAGACAAAGAACAUCAUAGCAGUAGGUCACGACUGCCGAAGGAACAAUCACCCAUUUCAUCAUGCAGUCAUGGUCUGCAUUGAUCUUGUGGCUCGCAAGCAGGGAGGAGGGGCCUACAUCUAUGAAAAAUACCCUGCCUGCAAGUUUACACUCUCCAAUUCCUUACAUCUAUAUAAUGAAAUAUCGCCAACCUCCAUAAUCCAGCAAGAUGUGACCAGUGAAGAGAAGGGUGACCAGCAGUACAUAUGUACCGGAUAUGAUCUAUAUGUCACGCGAGAGCCCUGUCUUAUGUGUGCCAUGGCACUGGUUCAUUCCCGCAUAGGACGUGUCUUUUAUGGGACAACCUCUGCUGAUGGUGCACUUGGUACUAAAUACAAAAUCCAUACUCAAAAAGGUCUGAAUCAUUGUUUUGAGGUUUUUAAAGGAGUCAUGAGACAACACUGUGAGGAUUUAUGUACAUAAGUCUGUGUGCCACACCAAAAUAACUUCAGAGGUAUAACUGAAUGAUCAGGUUUUAAGACAUGCAUUGCUGGUAACCUAGACUACACAGUCAUUAAAUGUGAGACCAGUUUUACAA